AUGCCACUCAAUGUUAUUAAAGGAGCUAGAUCAUUUAAGGAAAUACGAACUAUAAAUAAUGUUGUAUAUCCAACUUUCAGAUCAACAUGUUAUGCACUUGGUUUGCUUGAUGAUGAUAAAGAGUGGCACGAAGCUUUGAAUCAUGCAUCGUACUGGACUUCAGGAAAACAAUUACGAGAACUUUUUGUCACAAUGUUGAUUUUUUGUGAGGUUGCAGAUCCAUAUAAAUUAUGGAUUUCAAAUUGGCAGUUGUUAUCUGAGGACAUUCUGCAUCGUCAAAGAAUAGUUUUACAAUAUGACAACCUACAUCUUGAUGACUCUCAAUUACAAAACUACGCAUUAUGUGAAAUUGAACAGAUUUUGGUAAAGAGUGACAGGUCUUCGCACAAAUUUGAGUCAAUACCAUAUCCAAAUACAUUACUUCUCAGACAAAGUAACAAUAGAGUAUUACAAGAAGAAUUGGAUUAUGAUAGAAACUCUUUGGCAGCAGAACAUAUUAAACUUUUUUCUGUUCUUAAUAUUGAUCAAAGACAGGUAUAUGAUGAAGUAAUUUAUUCUGUUUCAGAGAAUAAAGGUGGCUUCUUUUUUGUUUAUGGGCAUGGAGGAACUGGAAAGACUUAUCUUUGGAAAACUAUUAUAUGCCGAUUGCGCUCAGAAGGGAAGAUAGUCAUUGCAAUUGCAACAUCUAGAAUUGCUGCAUUAUUGUUGCCUGGAGGGAGAACAGCUCAUUCAAGAUUUCAAAUACCAAUAAAUGUAACAGACAGUUCAACUUGUGGUAUUAAACAAGGUUCACAAAUUGCAGAACUUAUGACAAAAGCAAGUCUUAUAAUUUGGGAUGAAGCUCCUAUGGCACACCGAAAUUGUUUUGAAGCUGUUGAUCGGUCAUUAAGAGAUAUAUUACGUUUUUCUAACCCAAAUAGUGGGGAGACACCUUUUGGAGGAAAAACUAUUGUUCUUGGUGGUGAUUUCAGACAAAUAUUACCAGUGGUAUCAAAAGCACGAAGAGAACAAAUAGUUGAAGCAUCAAUUAAUAAGUCAUCAUUAUGGAGCAGUUGCAAAGUUUUCAUUUUGACAAUAAAUAUGAGGUUGACACAAAACCCAGGUGAUACUACAGCAAGGGAAUUUACUGAAUGGAUGUUGAAAAUUGGUGAUGGUGAACUUAGUAAUAGUGAAGGUGAAGCAUUGAUUGAAGUACCGUAUGAUUUACUAAUUCAGCCUGGUGCUCAUCCUUUCAACGAUAUUGUAAAAGCUACCUAUCCUGAUUUCGAUACAAAAUUCAACGAUUCUAAGUAUUUAGAAGAGAGAGCAAUUUUAGCUCCAACGAAUGAAGUGGUAGAAGACAUAAAUGAUUACAUGAUUGAUUUUAUUAAUGUUGAUGAAGAGACAUAUCUUAGUGCAGAUUCAUUAUGUAAAGCUUCAAGCAACAUUCUAGACCAAGACGUCAUGUAUCCAAUAGAGUUUCUCAAUUCAUUGAAGUUCCCUGGUAUUCCAAACCAUAAACUCAGAUUGAAAGUAGGUCUGCCAAUAAUGUUACUGCGAAAUUUAAACCAAAGUAAUGGACUUUGUAAUGGUACUAGACUUUUAGUCACUCAAUUAUCAAAAUGGGUUUUGGAAGCUCAAAUAAUAUCAGGAACUCAUAUUGGAGAAAAAGUGUGUAUUCCAAGAAUAGUCUUAUCCCCUUCUGAUUCCAAAUGGCCCUUUGUACUGAAAAGAAGGCAGUUUCCAGUAUCUGUUUGCUUUGCUAUGACAAUUAAUAAGAGCCAAGGUCAAUCUCUGCAACGUGUUGGACUUUAUUUAGAUAGACCAGUUUUCAGUCAUAGACAAUUAUAUGUUGCCGUAUUCAGAGUUACAAGUAAAGAUGGCCUUAGGAUACUCAUUGUAGAAAAUGAUAAUGGUGAUCGUUUUCAUACAAAAAAUAUUGUCUACAAAGAAAUAUUUGAUAAUUUGCCUAAAGGUAACACAUACUGUUUAUUAAUAUUAUUUCAGGUUGUUGAUAAUGUAAACUAG